AAAUUCCAUCGAAACUGUGCGUAAAUCAGCAGAAAUCAUCAUUCAAAUUCAUGGAAAUGGAAUUGAACUUCUCCAAAACAUCGAUUUAUCGCAUUUUGACCCAACAUUUGGGCUUACGAAAGCCGAAUAUUUUUACGUCGUCUUUACGUAGCAUCUUACUCCUAUAUGUUGACGAAGGAUAUCAUCUAGUACUCUUUGGAAUGUGGCUUUUCGAUACUUCUUUUCAAGGGUUCACCUUUUACGAGAGUGGUGUAGGUGAGUUUUCCAUCAGGACCGGCGAAAAGCCUUUAAUAUUGAUGCAACAAUGGAUUCAUGAGUUCAUGUUAACAGUAAAACAGCUACACCCACAAUUUAUAGCUCUUCACUUGCAAGAAGUUGGCGGAAAAACCUACGAGCAAUCUUCUCAUUAUGUGAAAGAGUUUGUGAAAUCUCUGUGUGAAGCUUAUGAAAUGCAAGAAUUCUCCAUUGUGCGCAUAUAUCUGGAUGAAAACUUUAAUUCACAGGAGCAGUUCACGGCUUUAGGAAACUUGUAUUUCGGCCAUAAUACUAUACCUAACAGUCGUCUUUGGAAUUUCAAAAAUUGCUCGUGGGAAACUACACAAGGAAAAAAUUUUUAUUUUGGAAAUAUAGAAAAUGUACCAACGAAAGAUAAGUCAAAAUUUCCGCUUGAUUUUUUUCCUGAGUGCAAAUGGUCAAGGAAAGGAUUUAUGAGAACACGUUGGAAUAUCAAUGGUACCAUUUUAGAUUUUGUAAAUAUGCAUUUAUUUCAUGAUGCCUCAAAUUUAACUGCACUUAUUGAAUUCCCUUCAGUUUAUUCACAACGAAGGCGAAAGGCAUUGAUUCACACAUUGCAAAGAUUCGAUAUGGACAAGGACAAUGAGAUUGUCCCUUAUUUUCUAUUCGGCGACUUUAACUUUCGAAGUGAUUCUGCAGGCGUAAUUAAGAUCUUCAACAUCGAACAAGAGAAGGCGCUGAUAAGCUACAUUCUCCAGGCCAGCGACAUCAACUAUGGAAUUAGUUUGAUGGAGCUUCGUAAGCUCGCGUAUGAAUUUGCUCGGAAAGUUGGCGCGUCGUAUCCGGAUCCAUGGAACGACAAUCAACUGGCGAGUAAGGAUUGGCAGUUGGCGUUCAUGAAACGCCACAAAAAUUUGUCACUGCGAACACCAGAGCAAGUAAGCCAGAGCCGUGCGAAGCGAUUCAACAAAGAGAAUGUCGAUGCAUUCUUUGCCAACCUUUCAUCCGUUCUCGGUAAGACGCCACGGAAGAGAAGCCCGUCUCCGACCGAAACCGAUAUCGAAGAGGACUUCGAUUUUUGCACGAUUUGCAAGAAAAAGACGCCGAAGCACGAGAAUCGUCAAAACACGGCCCAUUGCAUCGUUUGUGAUCGAGGGGUUCACUUGAAGUGUGCCGGACCGAACCCGAACACGUACACCUGCAUCCACUGCGAGUCGGAAUAAUUUUUUUCGCCAAUUCCUAUUUUUCUUAUUAUUUAUGAAUCUCUCUUUCAUUUCCAUUGAUAAAUAAACGUUUUUCAUCGGUAACAGUCAUGUUUUAAUCGAUUUACAGGCCCGACACUCCCCACCUUUUUUCAAAAUCGAAAAAUCAGGUUGUUUGCGCCAAUGGCUAUAACUUUUAAAUUUUUGUAGAAUUUUAUCAAACCAAUGUUAUCAAAAGGAAGGUUACGACUCGCACUACAAAUCCAUGCUUUGGAAUUGUCACAAAAAAUAACUUUUAUGUGACUUUUUAACCGAAAUCAAAACGAAUUCCCCACCUUCCCAAAUUUCGAUAUUUUUCAAUGCUUGUUCAUAUUUUCAAAAUUAACUGUUCUUGCUUGCUGUUGUUCUUUAUUUUCCUCAUCCGACGAAUCAUCCGAGUCAAACAAAGCAGUUUGUAAUUAAAUAAUUCUCUUAUUUUUAUUUAUUUAUAUUUUUAACUUCGUUUUACAAAAAAAACGCUUAUUUUAAUGCGCCUAAAAAUUUAAUAUAUCGGGACUUAGAAAUAUAAGUAUGUCUAUUAGCAACAUUGGGUAUCUUCACACUAUGUAAAAUAUGUCAAAAUGUUCAUAGCCCCCACCCACUGUUAUAAUAUAUAUAACUAGCAAAUACCCGGCGUACUUUGUUACGCCGCAAAAACUGAAACGAUGAGGGUAUUGGAAAGAAAUUAAAGUAGUUUAAAAUGCAAAUAAAAGAAUACCUUUAUUCGUACAUGUAAACACACAUACAUGAGUAUAAUGUGUAACUUAUGUUAGACUUACAAAUAUUUACUACCCAUAUUUGAAUUAAUUGCAAACACUUUUAAAUUCAUUAACGUUAUAA